AUGGGGGCAGAUCAAGUAAUGCGACGCUGUAUACCAGAAUGGGAGCAGGAAGACGUAAUGAUCCACUGUCACACACUAGCUUGUGGGGGUCAUUUUGGGCCAAAGAAAACAAAAAGGAAAAUACUUGAUAGUGGGAUUUAUUGGCCAUCUAUCCAUAGAGAUGCUUAUGAAUUCUGCAAGAAGUGCCCUCGAUGUCAACUUACUGGAGGAAUAUCUGCUAGAGAUGAGAUGCCUCAGAUCCCCAUUAUUGUCUGUGAAAUAUUCGAUGUAUGGGGAAUGGACUUCAUGGGACCCUUUCCCGCAUCUGGAGGUAAUCUCUACAUACUGGUAGCAGUGGAUUAUGUGUCCAAAUGGAUCGAGGCAAAGGCAACUAGGACGUGUGAGUCCAGAGAAGUGGCGAAGUUUUUGAAAUCUAACAUAUUUACCUGA